GACUUCUAGAUAUAAAAGGCGGCGAAUUUCAGACAGAUAGCAUCAAACAAUUCGCAACUUGCAAAGCAAACGUUUCAAAAGAACAGAAACUCCUACGUAAUCACAUCAUGAAGGCCUUCGCUACUUUGGCUGUUAUUGUUUGCUUGGCUGCUUUGGCUACUUCCCUGGAAUUGACCGAUGAACAAAAAGCCAAGGCUAAGGUCCACAUUGAAGAGUGUGCCAAACAGGAAAAUGUUCCCGAGGAAGAUGUUGUGAAAUUCCGCAAUAAGGAUAUUGAAAACCCCUCUAAGGCCUUCAAGUGCUUGGGCACAUGUUUCUUUGAACGCGCUGGUACCUUGAAAAAUGAUGAACUCCAAGACGAUGUUGUCAUCGCCAAAUUGGGCAGCUUGAUUGGUGAAGAGAAGGCCAAGAGCAUUUUGGAGAAAUGCAAAGGCAUCAAGGCUGAAGAUCGCUGUGAGACCGGUUACAAGACCUUCCAAUGUUUCCAUGCCGCCAAUGCUGCUUACUAAAAAUGUGAAGGACUAAUUAUUUCAAUAAAAGUUAUAAUUGUUUAAAAAAAA